CUUAAACAUGAACAGACUCGCAGCUGCACAAUGCCUACCCGAGUUAGUCAUUACGCGGAUCAUAUCUUGUCUCCUGCAAACCUUGGCCAAAUCUCCUCCUCGCUACAUGAUUGUCAGCAGUCUAGGGUAUGCGAAAUGCCCAUCACUUCUGCCCCUUCUACAGGUGCCCCAGACCUGAAGGAACGUAGCCGCUAAGGAGUUCUACAAACAUGCAAGUAUAUUCCUUGGCCUGAAAUUGGACCUUCGCGCAAUUUGCCUCCAGACACCAAACCAUUAAGCUGGCAGCCGAGGAAAGCGUUCUGCGCUUUGUUAAGCAGGCAACCGUCCGUGUCAGAUUCGAUUGUAUCUUUGAUGGUCGGGCUGCUGACCUGCUCUGCAGCCUCCUGUUCAGCAGCAUUACAUUUCCAAAUGUCAACCAGAUAUCGAUUCAGGUGAAGAGAUGCAGCCACCUUACCCCGUAUGGGUCCGAGGGGGCUCUACUAUUCUGUAAGCGCGUCAUGGAGAUCUUCUCCUACGCAGUUCCCGACAGACAGGAUGAGCUCACGCUUUGAGUUGAUGCCCGCACCUCAACCAGGUCGAUAUACACUGCAAAUAUCAAAUCAAC